AUGAGCGCACACGAACCAAAAUCCGAGACGGACAAGCUCGCCGACGAGUUUGAGGACGUCGUCCUCGUCGAGGAGGAUGUGGAAGAGGUGAUCGAUGAUGACGGCGACGUCCCACACGACGACGACCACGACCACGACGAGGUCAAGGAUCCGAACGGGCCUGUGAUUGAGGCCGAGGAGGGCGAACCUGAGGCGAAACCAGACACGGCCAUCUCGGGGACAUUCCUCCAUUCUCCGGGGAGUGCCAUGUUCGCGCUCGCUCUCCACCCGUCCUUCCCGAAUCCGCCCCUCGCCGUCUCGGGAGGACAGGACGACAUGGGGUACCUCUUCUGUCCGUUGCAUCCCACACUGGGGAGUUUCAACCGCGAUUCGUUCCCGGCCAUCCCGCUACGGGGACACGAGGACAGCGUGGUCGCCGCCGCCUUUAGCAGUGACGGAGAGUACGUCGCGACGGGCGGUCUAGACGGACGCGUCCGUGUGUGGCGUCAUGCUCAACCCAAACGGGUGCAGGCAGCUGAAGGGAGUGCCGACUCGUGGAAGUACUGGGAGUUUGUGACGAGUGUCGAUGCUGGCGAAGUCUCAUGGCUCAAGUGGCACCCCAAGGGCCCCGUGCUUUCGGCUGGAUGUGAAGACGGCUCGGUAUGGCUUUGGAGCAUGCCCACUGGACGGACGAUGACGGUGCUCUCCAGCCACACGAUGGAGGUGACGGCCGGCGUGUUCCCCCCUCCGGCUGGGAAGCAGCUCCUCACUGCCUCGCUUGACAGCAGUCUGGUUCUUUGGAACCCUUCUGCUGGGGAGCCAGAGUUCAAGAUGACAGUCUUCCAGUCUCCGGGAGCGCGGAUCCUUAACCCCUCUGUUCACGGCAUCACCAGUCUUGCUGUUUCGCCCAACGGUGCGCUGAUCGCGGCUGGCGGGGCGGGAGGCAGGAUCAGGCUCAUCGCCAUUGCGCGAGGCGAGGUCAUCGGCAUCAAGGCCGAGGUCGUGCACAACCUUGAGGUGCACGGGCGGGGCGAGAGCGUCGAGGCACUCGCGUUUGUUGACCUCCACAACGGGAGCUUUGGCGGUAGGGGUGUCGUUCUCGUCUCGGCUGGAACGGACGGGCGUGUCAUCGUCUCGGAUACUACCACCGGGCGCACUCGCGCCGCCAUGCCCCACCCGGAAGCUGUCACCGCCAUUGCGUGCCAUCCAGCACCGUGCCAGUAUGUCGUCACGACCGCGUGUGCCGACCGCACGCUGCGCACUUGGGACAUCCGAACUGGCCAGCUCCUCGCUGAACACCACGGACAUGCUGGCCCCAUCAAUUGCGUCUCGGUGAGCCCCGCACUCGACGGCGAUGAGUCGCCCCUUGGCCUGCCUCAGGCUCAGUUCAUUGUGAGCGGCGGUGACGAGGGUGCUAGCCUCCUCUUUAGGAUAUAG